AAUUGUCGUACAGAUACGACUAUAGUCGUAUAUCUGGCAACACUGCUUGGAUAUGGUAAUGGUGCGAUAAGCUUACCAGGAAUUGAUGGUGCGAUUGACUGUACACACAUACGAUUAACAUAUACAAGAUUCGAAGGUCUUGACGAAAUUUAUUGUAAUAGAAAAGGAUAUUUUUCGUUAAAUGUACAGGUUGUAGUUGGACCAAGAAUGGAAUUUCUAGAUAUUGUACCUGAGUAUCCUGGUAGCCAACAUGAUAGCAGAAUCUUCCAAAAUUCAAGGAUAUAUGCACAAUAUAUACAAGGUAGAUUAAAUGGAAAAUUGGUUGGAGAUUCUGGAUAUCCUGCUCUUCCAUUUGUUUUGACACCUAUAGGAAACCCUCAAACAGAUGAGGAACUAACUUAUAACGCCAUUCAUGGAAGAACCAGGCAAAUUGUAGAACGAACA